AAAACUUUUAACUACUAUUACAACCACCACUACUACUACUAAUAAUAAUUAGUGCAUUUGGAGUGUAAUAAAUGCCUCAACGGCGUUUGCUUUUUCUAGUAGAACAUGAUUUCUAGAACUGCAUCACGGCCCACGUGAUCCAGACCCGGAAGUGCAGGAAAUACCUCUGGGUCCGCAGUUAAACUACCGAUAUGGCUGCAAUUAUCAAAGAAACCCAAAGCAUUAAGGAAGCUGUGACUUACAUCAACACUAUAGACAUUAACAAGUUCACCAGGCUUCUCUCACGGAUCUUUCAGAGAGUUCACCUGAAGGAAGAGAGUCUGUUCAGCAAGGAGGAGGAGGAGAAGCUGCAGAGCGCCCUAUCGCUGGAGAAGCAGGCCCUCAGCCUGGUGCUGGAAACCGUGUCAUUCAUCAUAGAACAGGCUGUCUAUCACAAUGUCAAGCCAGCAUUCUUGAUGCAGCAGCUGGAGAACGUCCAUCUCCAGCCAGACAAGGCAGAGGCCUUCUCGCAGGCCUGGGCCUCAGCCGGCCCAGACACAAUCCACAUGUUCAGACAGAAGAUUUUUGCCCCCAAAAAGCUGGACCACGUCGGAUGGUGCCUCAACCUCCAGAUGGGCCAGUCCACGCAGGCCAAGCAGAAGGCUCCAUGCGCCACGCUGGAGUUCGCCGUCAGCAGCGAGGAUGUUGAGGGUCCAGAGAGGGUCUUUGUACAGUUCAGCCACCAGGAACUGCUUGAGUUCUACAACAAGCUUGAGAUCAUCCAGGCUCAGCUGGAUUCGCUCACCUGAUGGCAAGCUUUUCUGUUUGGCCGUGAGGAACAACAAACGAAUUGCACGCUUGCAAGGAAAAACAAUUUGGCCACCCUGCCGAUUUUUCGAUACGAACUUAACCGUCAAAAAUUCCAGCCAUGCCAUCGCCGUCUCUCUCGGCACAGAU